ACAGUUGAAGGUCAUGAACUCUAUUAUAAGUCAUGAAAUGGAAUGUAUGAAAAAAGAGCAUGAGCAGAUCAGCAUGGAACUGAAGGAGAAUAAGGCCAUAAGUGAUCUGCAGCAGAAGAACUUUACUGAGGUGAUUCAAAAGAAUGUAAUGGAAAUAAGCUCUCUUCAGUUUGCUGCUCUGAAGCAACAAGAUGAGUAUGAGAAUGUAUUGAAGCUGGCUGAAGUGCUAAAGGAGAAGAAUGAACAACUCAAUGCACCACCAGCAUCAGUCCCAGCACCCUCUGGCACCUCCAUGCAGAGCUCAGACGUUCUAGUGCUGAUGCUGCAGAGCCUCUACCAUGGCUUAUGCCUGCUGAUGCAGAAUAUCCAUGACUUGGCUCAGCAUCGACCGAUUAUGAGCAUGGAGGCAUUCAUGGCCCAGGUGGCCUGGCCAGGAGUCCAGUUUUUUCCUUUGGGGGGAGGUGAGGCUCCUACAGCCCAAGAGCCGCAGCCAGAAGCGUAUCCAGAGUCGGAGGUCACACCAGAGGCUACUCCACAGAUUUCUCCUGCUGCCACACCUCUAGUGGAGGUCUUCGAGGAUGAGGAUGAUUUUUAUCUUGAUUUUUAUGAUUAAGAUUUAGUUUAGUAUGUUACUUUUUCAGCAAAUUUUACAGCUUUUUGAACAGUUUACAUAUAGUGCAGUGGUUUGUUUUGUU